UAUUUACCGCCGCGGGGAGAGCGAGGCCCACGUCCGCCCCGCCUACGCCACUCGGGCCGCUUCCCUCGGGACUGUCACCGGGUCGGACGCGGCCGCCGCGGCUCGCGGGCCUUUCCCGCGCCGGCGCGGCCCAACCGCCGCAGAACCUUCUGGAAGCGGCGCCCGCCGCGGCCCUCACGCCGUCGGAACCGGACGCCCGCGCGAGCCCGCGGCGGCCUUGGCGGCCCGGGGGACGGGGAGCGGGGCGGGGCCAGCGCGGGGGCGGGGCCUGCGCGGGGAGGCCGCGUUAGAUUCGCCCCCGGCGCGCAGGCCCCGCCUCACCGGCGCCAUGGCUCCGCCUCCGCCCUCCCCCUCCAUGGCGCCGCCCCGGCUCAUUCAUUCCGCGCCGGGCCUGCCAGACACCUGCGCCCUCCUGCAGCCACCCGCCGUCGCAGCAGCCGCCAGCAUGUCGGGCCCAGACGUCGAGACGCCGUCCGCCAUCCAGAUCUGCCGGAUCAUGCGGCCAGAUGACGCCAAUGUGGCCGGCAAUGUCCACGGGGGGACCAUCCUGAAGAUGAUCGAGGAGGCGGGUGCCAUUAUCAGUACCCGGCAUUGCAACAGCCAGAACGGGGAGCGCUGUGUGGCUGCACUGGCUCGGGUUGAGCGCACCGACUUCCUGUCACCCAUGUGCAUCGGGGAGGUGGCCCACGUCAGCGCGGAGAUCACCUAUACCUCUAAGCACUCGGUGGAGGUGCAGGUCAACGUGUUGUCUGAAAACAUCCUCACAGGUGCCAAAAAGCUGACCAAUAAGGCCACCCUCUGGUAUGUGCCCCUGUCGCUGAAGAAUGUGGACAAGGUCCUGGAGGUGCCUCCUGUUGUGUAUUCCCGGCAGGAGCAGGAGGAGGAGGGCCGGAAGCGAUACGAAGCCCAGAAGCUGGAGCGCAUGGAGACCAAGUGGAGGAACGGGGACAUCGUCCAGCCAGUCCUCAACCCAGAGCCGAACACUGUCAGCUACAGCCAGUCCAGCUUGAUUCACCUGGUGGGGCCUUCAGACUGUACCCUACAUGGCUUUGUGCAUGGAGGCGUGACCAUGAAGCUCAUGGACGAGGUCGCUGGGAUUGUGGCUGCACGCCACUGCAAGACCAACAUUGUCACAGCUUCCGUGGAUGCCAUUAAUUUUCACGACAAGAUCAGAAAAGGCUUCGUCAUCACCAUCUCGGGACGAAUGACCUUCACGAGCAAUAAGUCCAUGGAGAUCGAGGUCUUGGUGGACGCCGACCCUGUUGUGGACAGCUCUCAGAAGCGCUACCGGGCUGCCAGUGCCUUCUUCACCUACGUGUCGCUGAGCCAGGAGGGCAGGUCGCUGCCCGUGCCCCAGCUUGUGCCCGAGACCGAGGACGAGAAGAAGCGCUUUGAGGAAGGCAAAGGGCGGUACCUGCAGAUGAAGGCGAAGCGACAGGGCCACGCGGAGCCCCAGCCCUAGACACCCUCCUCCCGCUGCCGGGGCCCCCAGUAGCCAUAGCAACAGGCCCAGUGUCCAGUCACUUAGAAGUUACCCCCUUGGCCAGAAACCCAAUUCACAUUGAGAGCUGGUGUUGUCUGAAGUUUUCGUAUCACAGUGUUAACCUGUACUCUCUCCUGCAAACCUACACACCAAAGCUUUAUUUAUAUCAUCCCAGUGUUGAUGCUACAGUGUUGUCCUGAGCGCCGGGAGGCAUUCCAUGGAAACCCUCGGGAAUGCUUCCAAGCACACUGUAAGGUAUGGGGAGAACCCAGCGCCACUAAUAAAGCUGCUGCUUGGCUGGA